AUGAGCACCCUUGUGGUGAACAUACUAAACAAUUACUCUUUCAAUUCAAAGGUGUGGUCCGAUUUAAGUUUGGAUGAAAUGAGAGCUUUGACAGUUCAGAGAGUGAAGUUUACCAUGGGUCUACCUCUGUUAAAAUGUGCAUUUCAGGAUCUGGCAGAAAAAACAAAGAACUUUGUCAGCCGAAGCCUAGUCAUAGGAGAAGUCCUUUCCAUGGCGGACAUGGCCACAGGAGUGAAGUGUGGAAUAAUUUAUUGGCUAUUUCGUGGUGCUAUCAGGAAUCUCAGCAGCCCUGAACAUGUUACUAAGUGGUUUCAGCCACUCCAGGAGCAGAAAUACACUGGAAUGUUUGCAAUGACCGAGAGGGGCCAUGGGAGCAACGUGAGAGGGAUCCAGACCGAAGCUACCUUUGACCUCUCUGCCCAGGAAUUUGUAAUUGAGGUGCAGUGUGAAGAUGCCAAGAAAAUGUAUAUUGGAAAAGCCAUGUAUGGAAAUUAUGCAGCUGUCUUUGCCCAGCUCAUCAUAGAUGGAAGAUUUCAAGGGCCCCACUGUUUCAUCAUUCCUGUCCGGGAUGAAAAUGGAAGCUUGUACCCAGGAGUGACAGCUACUGAUAUGACAUAUAAGGAGGGUCUGCAUGGUGUGGACAAUGGGAUUUUAAUAUUUCACAAGGCUCGGAUACCCAGGGAGAACCUGCUAGACAAGUUUGGUUCCAUGGCUCCAGAUGGCCAGUACCAUUCUCCUGUUAGGAACAAGAGUGCAAGAUUCAAUGCCAUGCUGGCAGCACUGACCCCUUCAAGAUUAGCUGUGGCUUUCCAAGCUAUGGGUGUCAUGAAGCUUGGGUUGACAAUAGCCAUUCGCUAUAGCCACAACUGGAGGCAAUUUGGGCCCAAAGCCAAGGGAGAGGUGAAGGACAUUGAGCACCAAGCGCAGACCCUGCUGCUGAUGCCCCACCUGGCCACAGCCUUGCCCCUGACCUUCACCAGCAGGCAUGCUGGGGCCCUCCUGGAUGAGGAUGUCUUCCAGGGAAAGGAGUUGAUCAGCAGUCGCUCGCUGCAGGUUCUGGUGACAGGGCUGAAGGCCUACAGCACCUGGGAGAACAUCCACUGCCUGCAGGACUGCCGCAAGUGCACCGGAGGAAUGAUUGUGGGGCAGGAAAUGCUGGCCCAAUAUGCCAAACAGUAUGAAGAAAAACCACUCUUUGGCCUGCUCCAAAACUGGGCUGAGUCUGUGUGGGACAAGCUGAGGACCAGUUUCCUGGCAUUUAACACGGACACAGUCUAUAAUCUCGCCUUUCUGUUGAAAGCAGUGAAAUUUCAUGAACAGGUUCUUCAGCGGAGUUUGGUGGUCAGAAUUUAUUAUAAGGUGGUGACCAAGAAGGAGGAUUUCUUCUAUGCCUGGAAUUCAUGUCUGCACCACGUGGCUUCUCUGUCUCUGGCACACACUCACCGCGUUACCUUAGAGCAGUUCUUCCUGGCAGCGAAGAGCUGUCCCAACCAAGAGGACCAGACUUUGUUAAUGAAGUUUUGUCUGUUGCAUGGAACCAAGCUGGUGUUUCAGGAGCAGGCCUGGUAUUUAGAACAUUAAUACUUGACUUCUGUGGCCAGCACGAGGAUCAGGAAUCAGUUGCUGGAUUUGUGCGACUCGUUGAAGGAUGAUACCCUGAGGGUGAUCGCAGCCUUUAACAUUCCACACACCAACCUCCACGCACACGCCGGAAUCUCCAACCCGCGGGCUGCUUGGGCCUUCUACCCUGCACCGCUGCAGCCCCUGGCACGGGAAGGGGCGCGCUCCCAGCUGCCCAAGCUGGGAGCCAAGCUCUAACGGGUGUGGCGGGAAGUGUGGUGGCCCGCCUGCAGCUGCCACGACGCUCGCUCCACUGACGCCUGGAGCUGGGGCCGAGGCCGGGCUGGCACAGGCUGGGCCGCCGCUCUCCGAGAGAUUCUGGUGGCAGAGCGAAGGUCCCGCCGAGGCUGGCUACUAGGAAAGAGAUCCAGAGGGUCGCCUGGUGUGCUGGAUCCCUGUGCCCUUUCCCUGAAACCCAGCUUGGCCUGGCUGCAACCUCUCCCAGCUUUGGUGCCCGAUACCCUAAACAAUCAGAGUGGGCUCACCCCCGCGAGCGCGCCCCACAGCCGGGUGCCGCCAAAGGUCUCCUGCUGUCAGCAGUGACUCAGAUUCCCAGUGAUUUAGAAAAGCUGUGGUGCCAAGUGAAAGAAAAAAAAAGCAAACACCCUUAGACCAAAGCAAAAAGCUCCACUCCUUCCGCAAGCGGGCAAAAAGGUUGGGUUCAGCAAGUGAUGCUUUUCCAGUGAAUCAGACGUUGUGGGGCUCUGCGAGGAAACGCACGGCCCGGGAGAAGGAAGUGGCAGCCUGGAGUUUUGCUCUCGGCAAAGCAAGAACUCGCCUUGUCCUCCCAGGUCGGCGGUUUCCGGACGGCAAGACAAGGCACGGAAAACAUUUUUACCAACUGACGCUGUAAUUUGUCCUCUAGAAGAGCAUAGGUGAAACGUUUAAUAAAGAAAUUAAGCGAUAUGGAAGUCGUUCCCACUGCUGGCAGAGGGCGGUGGGGCAAGCCUCAGCAAUUUCGGAACUAGGAGAGAGAGACCACUUCGGCAACGCCUGUGGUCCCGGGCAAGGGCCAUGGAUUUCCCAUUUCUCAGAUCCCGGCUGCCCGACUUUAUUCUUGUUCCUUUCAGUCCAAGCCAUCCUCCCUUCUCCCUCCCUUAGUCUCUUGGCAGAGGCAGAAAGGGACACCGCUCUGCCCGCGUCCACUGCAAAGAAGGUGACCUAAAACCCAUGGGCCCUUCACACACUGCAUUCUCUGCGCUCCGGCCCGGUUCUAUGCCGCCGGAGAAGGCCGCAAGGGCUCGCGGCCCCAGACGCUGCCUGGGUCUCGGGGGCGCACGAACCGCCAACUCAGGCCGGCUUCCUUUUAGUGCCCCAAGUAGCGCUUAGUGCGUUGCUUCCCCGGACUCCUUUGUUUUUCAAAGUAUUCACGGGGUCGCCAGAGCUAGCUACGUGGGGGCGGCGAGGCUGCAAGGCUGCACAGGAACAGACAACAAGAAAUAGGGCUUUCUUCUGCGUGGUUCUUUUCCGGUCCCUGUCUGCACCACCCGACCCCGAGGCGAACGCGGAGCAUUGCGGCGUGGGGCGGACUUGGGGCUGUCAGCCCGUGCAGUGGGUUGCGUUGCUCUUCCCCGGGUGCGAAACCAGAUGGCCAAAGAGCAGUGUUCUUCGGCGGUAGGAACUUCGAGGCCAGGUCAGGGCAGAUCUCCGGCCUGCGAGUCUACUUAGUCGUGUCUACCCUCUUG